AUGAUUGCUAUUAAUAUUGUUGUUACUUCCCCUGAAGGUUGUGUUUCGGCUUUUUUUUUUGCGUGCAGCCCCGGCGGGCCUUACCCAACGCCGUUGACGCCGGCAGGACCACUCGUGGGAGGCCUCCUUGGAGGUAUUCCGCGCCCUCGCCGCCUGCGUUCACGUUCGUGUGCCGGGCAUAGAACCGUAUGUGUGCGUUUACGACGUGGUGGGUGCGGGAACUUCGUCGCGCCUUCGUUUUUUCUCUCUUGCUGUUUUUCGGUCCCACUCCCUCCUCCCCUUUUCUUGUUCUGCUGCUGCUGCUGCCGCUUCUGCCAGUGCACCCUCCUCCUCCCGCUGUUCUUGCCGCCGUUGCCCCGUGUUGUUUUCCUUUUCCUUUCUCUGUCCCUCCCUCCCUCCCUCUCUCUCUGUCUGUGUGUGCACUUCUGUGUCUUUCUCGCCGCCUGUUUCCUCUCCCUCUUUCUCAGGGCCGGUGGGAGCAGUGCCUGCGCGCGUGUGCCUGGCGGCGUGGGGGGCGAGCGGGUCCGGUGCUGCAGUCAGCACUCACGCACACAUGUCGGCUGCUGCAGGCGGCGGCGGCGGCGGCGGCGGCGGCGGGGCGGACGCGGGCGACCCCGUGGCGGCGAUGGCCAGCAUGACGUCGCGGCUAAAGGCGCCGUGGAUGAUGCGCGGCGGGACCCGUCGAAGGAGCUUGGCAUCUCCGCGGAGGAGCUGCAGCGGCGCCGCAAGCAGGCCUCCAGCCCGCGCACCUUUGUGAGCGAGCAUAGCAGCCGCGCGUUCGAGGUAAAAGGCUCGGCGAGGGCGCAGCAAAUCAUGAACGCGGGCCUUUUGGAGCGGCAGCGGGAGACGCGGAACACGGAGGUGGUGAGGAAGAUGUCGGUGCUGCGCCGUGUGCAGCUGGGGACGUUCUGCGCCGGCAUCGCCAUGGCGUGCUGGCUGGGCGUCGAGUACCUGCUGCCGCGCUACGCCGUCGUGCAGGAGCGGAGGCGCGUCAUGCAGCUGCGUCGCGAGAUGGCGCAGCGGAAGUGGGAGGAGGCGGAGGCGCAGCGGCGACAGCGGUAG